AUGCAUUCAAACAUUAGCGGCGCAAAUCCUGCGAGUGCGGAAGCAAGCGAAUUGAAAAUAAAGACAGGAGAAAAUGAUUUAGUCUUUAGCUCACAGAACAAUAGCCUUCUCGAAGAUUCUUGCAUGGUUGACCCUGCAAGCAAAGUAACCAAACACACCAAGACUGCGGGACUUUAUCCAAGACUUGCACAAGCAAUUGAGUUGGUUGACCGCGUGUACCAGCGCCAGGAAGAGACCCAACGUCGCUUAGCAAAGAGGGGUUGGACCAAUGAAGAUAUAUCAAGGCUCUGGACCAACGUACAACUUAAGUCAAUUUGGGAGGAGUGGGUCCAUCGGCCCGAACCUCCAACCAACAAAGAUUGGGAAGAUAUCCAAUCGAGGCUCAGACUUUCGUUGGAGGGGUGCUCUGAAUGGGCUCAUGCAAAGGCCAGGGAGAUAGGCCUAUCAGGAAAGCUCAGUGAGCUAUUGGUGAAGCUCUCACCGCCUGUCAGCUUUAGGAUCCGCCACCGCCAAUCAUCAAUGUGGGAUUACGCCUCCCCAUCUCCUUACCGGCCUCCAUUCCCGUCGUUCAUACACAUGCGCGACUGGACAAUUGUUAAGGAUCUUUGGAAGACGGAUCGUACCGGGGAGGAAAUGCUUGCUCUCUUUGAGGAGCACAGUGGGGCCAUUGAGGGACUAAUAGUCAAGUGGAAGCGUGGGAUCAAAUCCUAUUUUGCAAACUUGGUGCUUGACAAGAAACGAUCACGUGUACAAACUCCAAUUGUCAAACCGACAAUGCUCCGGUUUGGAAGCGAACCUGAUCCACUUUUGCAUUACACAGACGAGCACAAAAUACUCUUACGAGGCGACGUAUUAUUUUACAACACCAAGGAGGAUCUUUCACCCCCAACCCCAUUGACGUACAGCGAAAUUAUUCACAAUAAUGGUCUCGUUGCAUUGCCCUUGUCUCUUGAGCCCGACUCGACGUUGCUAACACCAGAGGUAGAUUUCCAUAAGUACAAUUUUUAUGUGGAAGCGCACUUGGUUGCAUGCGCUCUCAUGGAGUCAUUGCAUAUACCUUCCGCAUCUCACCUUUUACUGGUUGGUUUGGGUGCUAACUUUCAAUGCAAAAUGUGUCUUGACGCCCCACAAGUGACUUGGAUGGAGCUAUUGCGCCAUUACAUUGCGUCAACUGAGCUCUUCAAGAAGAAUUUAAAGGCGAUUCUGGGUCUUGAAGACGUGAUUGCCCCCAAGUGGGCAAUUGUUAGGCACCUUCAAGACGUACACGGAGUUGCUGAGGGCAAAAUACCUUUACACUAUACACCUCAGCACUUAUACAAAUCGAUAAACAACUUUGGAGGAUAUGGCCUUCCGCCCCAAGAUUCAGAAUUGUUCUAA